GGAUAGUGUCAGUUUUUAUGAUUUGUGUGUGUGUUUGCUUAUGUAGUUGUGUAUGAGUGUGCAGUUUUAAGUGGAAAUCACGCCGAGAUAAGGUCAGGCGCUGGAUGGGGGAGAAGAGGGCUAGCUGAGUGUUUUCCGCUGAUGUGUGCGGAGAUGAAGCAUAUAUAUAUUCCGAGAGGUGAUGGUCUGAGUUCAGGGACAAGGUUCUAGGUACCAGCUGAAACAGACCACACAGGAUUUCAAACACUACAGGUCUCUUCACAAACCACCAUGGAAGCUGCCAUCUGCACCUUUGUCACCCAGUUUAAGGUGUACGCUGGGAAAGAUGGAGCCUCCAGCACUCUGAGCAGAGAGGAAUUCCACAACCUAGUGACCUCUCAGCUGCCCAACUAUGUUAAGAAUGCCAGCGACCCAGAGACCAUUGAUCAGCUCAUGGGCUCGCUGGAUGAAAACAACGAUGGGGAGCUGACUUUCCUCGAAUUCUGGCAGCUGAUUGGAAAACUGGCAAACAAGCAAGGAGGCUUCACCGAGUAGAGCUCGCCGUCUUGACUGUGCACUACCAAUCAACUCAAUUGAAGCCGUACAACUGUAAACUCAGAGGCAUUUCUUUUAUCACUCCAUCAGUGCCACAUGUGUUUUUCUUUAGUUAACCAUUUGUUUAAUGCAGGGAACUUUGAAUUAAAGGCUUCAUUGUCCUGAGCCCUCAGCCACCAACA